CAUUCCCUGUAAAAAAAAAAAAAAAUAGAGAGGGAGAGAGAGAGAGGAAAAGAGAGAGAGAGGGACGGCGAGCGCGCGAGGCAGAGCGAGCCACGCAAUCUGACCGGGCAGUUUCUGCUCUCCUGGUCGCACGCCUCCUCCUCCCCUCUGCUCCUCGCUACCCAGGUGGCCCAGGAAAGGCUCAGUCUUGGAGCCGCCGAGGAGCCCCCGGUGCACAGGAGCCUCACUUGCAAAAUUCUAGCCAGUCCUCGGCCCCCUUUUACAAUUUGGUCCUUUUUUGUCCUCCCGUACCUAAUUUUGGGAAUUUUUUUCCCUUCCUCUUCUCUUUGCUAAACUACCCCGCAAAGAUUUAUUUAAAAAAAAAUCUCACUUGCUCACCUUUCCUUCCCAGCUUUCCCAUUCCCCCACUGAAAACAAAUCCUUAAACGACCCCCGCCCCUCCGACGGCAGGAGCACCUGCGGAGCCUCGGAGCCCCCGACCGCCCUCUCUCUCCGCGCGCGGGUUCCGGGCCCGGCGAGAGGGCGCGAGCGCAGCCGGGGCCAUGGAGGUGACGGCGGACCAGCCGCGCUGGGUGAGCCAUCACCACCCCGCGGUCCUCAACGGGCAGCACCCGGACACUCACCACCCGGGCCUCGGCCACUCCUACAUGGACCCUGCGCAGUACCCUCUGCCCGAGGAGGUGGAUGUACUUUUUAACAUCGACGGUCAAGGCAACCACGUCCCGUCCUACUACGGAAACUCGGUGAGGGCCACGGUGCAGAGGUACCCUCCGACCCACCACGGGAGCCAGGUGUGCCGGCCACCUCUGCUGCACGGAUCCCUGCCCUGGCUGGACGGUGGCAAGGCCCUGGGCAGCCAUCACACUGCUUCGCCCUGGAACCUCAGCCCCUUCUCCAAGACGUCCAUCCACCACGGCUCCCCGGGGCCCCUGUCGGUCUACCCGCCGGCCUCAUCCUCCUCCCUGUCGGCGGGGCACUCCAGCCCGCACCUCUUCACCUUCCCGCCCACCCCGCCGAAGGACGUCUCCCCAGACCCAUCCCUGUCCACCCCGGGCUCGGCCGGCUCCGGCCGCCAGGAUGAGAAGGAGUGCAUCAAGUACCAGGUGCCGCUGCCCGACGGCAUGAAGCUGGAGUCGGCGCACCCCCGCGGCAGCAUGGCUACCUUGGGAGGGGCUGCGGCCUCGGCCCACCACCCCAUCACCACCUAUCCGCCCUACGUCCCUGAGUACAGCUCCGGACUCUUCCCGCCCAGCAGCCUCCUCGGGGGCUCCCCCACCGGCUUCGGAUGCAAGUCGAGGCCCAAGGCGAGAUCCAGCACAGAAGGCCGGGAGUGUGUGAACUGCGGGGCGACAUCCACCCCUCUCUGGCGACGAGACGGAACAGGGCAUUACCUGUGUAAUGCCUGCGGCCUCUACCACAAGAUGAACGGACAGAACCGACCCCUCAUCAAGCCCAAGCGAAGACUGUCGGCAGCAAGAAGGGCAGGUACGUCCUGUGCAAACUGUCAAACCACAACUACGACUCUGUGGAGAAGAAAUGCCAAUGGAGACCCUGUCUGCAAUGCCUGCGGGCUCUACUACAAGCUGCACAAUAUUAACAGACCCCUGACUAUGAAGAAGGAAGGGAUCCAGACCAGAAACCGAAAAAUGUCUAGCAAAUCCAAAAAGUGCAAAAAGGUGCACGAUGCGCUGGAGGACUUCCCCAAGAGCAGCUCGUUCAACCCCGCCGCCCUCUCCAGACACAUGUCUUCGCUCAGUCACAUCUCGCCCUUCAGCCACUCCAGCCACAUGCUCACCACGCCCACGCCGAUGCACCCGCCGUCCAGCCUCUCCUUCGGACCUCACCACCCUUCCAGCAUGGUCACCGCCAUGGGCUAGGGCCCCUGCGCGAGCCGCGCUCACCGGCCUCCCGGCGAGAGUCCCUCCGGCCCCCUUCUACGUGCAUUUUCGCAGGAGCAGUAUCAUGAAACCGAAACCCGAUGGAUCUGUGUGUUUUUGCAGGCAUCAAGCAACCCAAUGUUGUGGCCACUCGGACAACGCAGCCUACCGUGGUGUCUGUGUUCUCACUCCCCGAAUCUGGAUCCCAUUUGUGAAUAAGCCAUUCAGACUCACAUUCCCUAUUGAACAGGGUCUCUCUAGUGCUGUGAAAAAAAAAAAAAAAGUCACCGAACAUUGCAUAUAACUUAUAAGAAAUACUGUACAUUGAAAGAAGACUUGAUUGCCUCUCGGUUGCUGUCAGGAAGGCACGGAGGACGCCAUGCCUUUUAAGGACGAUGGGGGAAAAAUAAAAGAGUGGAGAUUAAGAAGAAACUAGGUCAGAUAUCCAAAUGGACAAACUGCCAGUUUUGUUUCCUUUUCCUGGUUACAGUCGUUUGAUGCAUUAAAAGAAAAAAAAAAGGAAAAAAAAAAAAAAGAAAAAAUGUGUAGGCAAAUCAUUUGUUCAAAGCUGUGGGCCUCUGCGUAGGAAAUUCUAUUACUCCGGGCAACAUAUUCCAUUCUCAGGUUGCCCUGGAGGGCUCAGCUAGACUUUCCUGGGCCUUCAUGCUUUGUGAACAUGUCCCUGUAAUUGUUGUUUGUAUGUAUAAUUCAAAGCACCAAAAUAAGAAAAGUUGUAGAUUUAUUUCAUCAUAUUAUACAGACUGAAUUGUUGUAUAAAUUUAUUUCCUGCUAGUGUUAAGUACUGCUUUUUUUUUUUGUUUUUUUGUUUUGUUUUGUUUCUAUUUUAAUAUUUUCUUUCUCUCUCCAUUUUUGGUUGAAAAAACUAGGUGACGUUCAGUUGACCUAAGGUGGUUGUGCUCCACGGGGCUGAUUUUUUUUUUUUUUUCCAUUUUGUUUCUUGAUGAUAUUUAUUAAAUAGCUUCUAAGGGUACAAGAGCAUAUGUCCUUUGUCACUUCUUCCGCAGCCUGUGCUAUGAGGGUAGCAGUGUAUGAGCUACCCGUGUGCAUGUCAGCGGCUCAGGCCCCCCAGCCCUGGGUCCUGAGAGCAGCCUGGCUGAAUGUUAGCGCCUGUUGUGUUCUGUGUUAGUGAUCACUGCCUUUCAUGCAGUCUGUUGGAAUAAUAAUAUAAAGAGAUAAUAAAGUUAAAAUAUUUAAGAAACAACCAAAUAACAUCGUAUUGAGAGUGGUGGCCAAGCUCUUCUAGAACCUGGUAGCUCUAGCUAAUGGAAGCAAAAGGAGUUUAAACAAAGUAACAGCCCAGUGGUGUUCAGUCACACCCUGGGAGAGAAUGCAAACCCCAGACAGGAACAUCGAUGUGUUUGGGAAACUGGGCAUCUUUGGAGCUCGCGAUGCAGCCCAGAGGAAGGCAUCCCCGGGGCUGGAGGAAGUUCUGUGGUCUGCUCUGAGUUGCUCUUCCCUUGCUCCUGGUCUGGCCUCGAGGAGAUCUUCUCGCCAGAGAAAUGGGAGGGUUUCCUUGUUGAGAUUCUCAGGCGGGCGGGUUGCAGUUGAGAAUUCCUCAUGGUUCUCUACAAGAUGGAAAGGAGCUGGGCUGGGUCUUGAGUUUAUGUCUGUUUUGCUUUUCUACUGUUGAAUCACACCACAGUGAAGGGUGGAUUGGAAUGUUUGCGAAACAUGAAAUAACCGUUUUGUAACUUACGCUGUAUAGUUUCCUUUGACUUUGUUGACAGAAUGUGUAACCCUGGCACACAUUUGAAAAAUCUCUGUUAAUUGCCUCUCUGCUUUCUUAGCAAAUAUUUCAAAGCUGAAGCUCAAUGUUGAAAUAAAGAAGUAGAGAAUUACUGACAUGCA